AGUCACACUUUUAUUUACAAGCGGUGGCGCCAAAUGUUUGAGCAAGUCUGUAAAGAGUAGAACCCUGCGGAAGCUCUGUUGGGUCACCGAAGCAAAAACCCUUAAGCCUAAAACCCUAACUGACUGGAACUGAAUUAUGGCAACUUCGGUUCUUCUCCGAUCUCUGAAGCGUUCUUCUUCUUUAUCUGCACAGAAAUGUCUUGCUGGUAAAACCAAGGCAUUGUGGACUACCUCUCCACUGGGUCAUAAAUGGGCUAGCUUGGCCAGACCAUUCAGCUCCAAGCCUGCUGGGAAUGAUGUCGUUGGUAUUGACUUGGGUACAACCAACUCAUGUGUUGCUGUCAUGGAGGGGAAGAAUCCAAAAGUGAUUGAGAACUCUGAAGGCUCUAGAACCACACCAUCUGUUGUGGCCUUCACCCCUAAGGGUGAACUACUUGUGGGAACUCCAGCCAAGCGUCAGGCCGUGACCAAUCCAACGAAUACAAUAUUUGGGACCAAGCGUUUGAUAGGAAGACGUUUUGAUGACCCCGUGACACAAAAAGAAAUGAAGAUGGUUCCGUAUAAAAUAGUUAGGGGUCCUAAUGGAGAUGCAUGGGUUGAAGCCAAUGGGCAGCAGUAUUCCCCCAGCCAGAUUGGUGCAUUCAUUCUGAACAAGAUGAAAGAAACUGCCGAAUCUUACUUGGGGAAAACUGUCACCAAAGCUGUAAUUACUGUUCCUGCUUAUUUCAAUGAUGCUCAAAGACAGGCAACAAAGGAUGCAGGGAGAAUUGCUGGCCUUGAUGUACAAAGAAUUAUUAAUGAGCCAACUGCUGCUGCACUUUCCUAUGGGUUAAAUAACAAGGAAGGUCUUAUUGCAGUCUUUGAUCUUGGUGGUGGGACUUUUGAUGUUUCCAUCCUAGAAAUCUCAAAUGGUGUUUUUGAGGUCAAAGCAACAAAUGGAGACACGUUCUUGGGUGGGGAGGAUUUUGACAAUGUCCUGUUAGAGUUUUUAGUGAGCGAAUUCAAAAGAACAGAGGGAAUUGAUCUCUCCAAGGAUAGGCUUGCCCUGCAGAGGCUUAGGGAAGCAGCUGAAAAGGCUAAGGUUGAACUCUCAUCAACUACCCAGACUGAGAUCAACUUGCCAUUCAUUACAGCUGAUGCAUCUGGUGCGAAACAUUUGAACAUUACUUUGACUAGGUCAAAGUUAGAGAGUUUAGUGAACCACUUGAUUGAGAGGACCAAAGACCCUUGUAAGAAUUGUGUGAAGGAUGCUGGCAUAACUACUAAGGAUCUUGAUGAGGUUCUUCUUGUUGGAGGGAUGACCCGUGUUCCUAAAGUACAAGAAGUAGUUUCAGAGAUUUUCGGGAAGAGCCCAAGUAAAGGGGUGAAUCCUGAUGAGGCAGUGGCAAUGGGUGCUGCUAUUCAAGGUGGUAUACUCCGGGGAGACGUCAAGGAGCUGCUUCUUUUGGAUGUUACUCCUCUAUCCCUUGGAAUUGAGACUCUUGGAGGUAUCUUCAGCAAAUUGAUAAACAGAAACACAACUAUUCCUACAAAGAAGAGCCAGGUGUUCUCAACAGCAGCGGACAAUCAGACACAGGUGGGUGUCCGGGUACUACAAGGUGAGCGUGAAAUGGCUGCUGACAACAAGCUCCUUGGUGAGUUCGAGCUUGUUGGUAUUCCACCAGCUCCUAGAGGUGUGCCCCAGAUUGAAGUAACAUUUGAUAUCGAUGCCAAUGGUAUUGUUACUGUCUCUGCAAAGGACAAGGCAACUGGGAAGGAACAACAGAUUACAAUCCGAUCAUCUGGUGGUCUAUCAGAAGAUGAGAUUGAGAAGAUGGUUAAGGAGGCCGAGAUGCAUGCCCAGAAGGACCAAGAGAGAAAAGCUUUGAUUGACUUGAAGAACAAUGCUGAUUCCACCAUUUACAGCAUAGAGAAGAGCUUGGGUGAGUACAAAGACAAAAUACCAGCAGCGAUUGCAACCGAGAUCGAUUCUGCAGUGGCAGAAUUGAGAAAGGCAGCAUCUGAAGAUAACAUUGAUGAGAUCAAGUCAAAGCUCGAUGCUGCGAACAAGGCCGUCUCCAAGAUUGGUCAGCAUAUGUCUGGAAGCUCUGGUGGCUCUUCUGGUGGAUCUCAGGGUGGUGAUCAAACCCCCGAGGCAGAGUACGAGGAAGUAAAGAAGUAGAUAUAGUCUUCUUUGGGUUUUUUUUUUUUUUUUUUUUUUUGGGUUGAAGUUUUGAAUAGUUAGUU